AGGAUUUAAAACGAUGAGUGGUGCACAACUGCAAAGUGCUUCCUCUGUCUUGGCCAUACCAGGGUCACAACAAAGUAAAGGUUCGGUAACUGAGACGAGUGCUGCAGAGUCAAAGCCAAAGAAGAGAAUCUGCUGUGCUUGCCCAGACACUAAGAAGCUGCGAGAUGAAUGCAUAGUAGAACACGGUGAACCAGCUUGUGCGAAGUGGAUUGAGGCUCACCGACUGUGCCUCCGUGCCGAGGGAUUCAAUGUUUAAAAUUUUGUGAUGAGGAAAAAUAGAAGUCAUAAGUUCAAGAACUCAAUUGAUUUUAUGAAACUAAUAAAGAUUUAGGAUUACAAAUUAUUUGUUUUACAAUUUCACCAGUAUUAUAGUUGAAGCUCGGAAUAAAAACAGGGGAGUUGAUUGCUAAAUACAAUUCAGAAUUAAUGAUUUCUAUCAUUUUGACUUUUGAGGUUAUACUAUAGUAGUUGUGUUUAGACUGACAGUUGGAAUGAAAUUUUAAGUUGUUAUUAUUACUAUUACUUGUCAUCUCU